AUGAAGUUCUCAACUGGCUCCAGUUCGAGCAGUCUUGCCAGCGAUUCGCUGUCGAGGAAAUCAACUCUAUGUAUCUAUACAGAAAUUGAUGCCCCCACUUUGCCCCCGCCUUGCGAAAGGGUACAAUAUGGCCAUCGAAGGAAUCCUGAAUCGAUGGACAGCAGUUCAGAAUCAAUGGAGCUUAGACGAGAGUUAGACGCAGUAAGGAACGCAUUACAGCAGCAGUCUGAAUCUGUUCUGAAGCAGAGACAUCAACUUGUAGAGGCUGGACAGGCUCUCGCCGCACAUGAAAAGAAGUCGGCACAAGAGAGGCGGCUCAGAAAAGAUCAAUUAGCGUUAGUCCUUCGGUCGUUGGUGUUACUGGAAUCCCGCCUGACCAGGGAACAGAAACAAAUACAUGUUGCACUCCGGCAGAAAGAGAAAAUUAUCAAAUCACAACAAGAAGAAAUUAACAAACUGAAAGCCCGGAAAUCCUAUUGCAGCAACUGCCAGCAACUGCUCGGCUUUACCAGCGAACAGACCAAUAUAGAGACCGAUCCAGAAUUCCAGAGUUUAGAGAGUACUGACUCGAGAUUUCAAAAUACAUUUGUUAGAAGCUGUAGUUAUCGCGAAAGAAAUUCUCCUCCGGUAUUCCAGAAAAAUACUAGAUUAAGUAAGAGCUUCCAGUACCAGUUGCCAAAGAGUGACAUUGCCUAUUGCAACACCAGUUCUAGUGAAGAAGGGAAUAAUGUCAGCCUCAGCAGCAAAGGUACUUUUAUUAAAAACAAACAAGCCUUUGUUAGACGAGACGUUUUUAGAAGGUCAAGAAAAUACUCUGGAAGAAAGAAUAAUAAGUAUGUGGAUAACUCUCCUAAAGUUUAUAGUAAUCAAGCAAACAAUAGCAGCAGUGCUGAAGAUUGCAUUGGUAUGAGCUACCAAGUGAAUAAUGAUGAUACUGAUAUCACCGCUAGUCAAAUAGCUAAUGAUAUAAGAAAAGCAUCCUUGAAAAUUGACCAACUUAUUGGAGAAGCUGCAAAGAAAGAGUUUGAAAAUACUGCAAGUGAUUCUGAUAAAACUUAUUCUACAAAAAUGGAAAAGGUACAUGGAGUUAAAAGACAGGCAUCUGACGAGAUUAAAGCUAACAGACAACUUUUCUUAAAUAAAGUUCUUAAUGAAGAGAACAAUGAGAAGCCUUGGUAUUGUAAUGUUAGCGACCCGGAGCAAGAAGGGGAUUGUUUAGAGCAAAGGUCAUUAACUAUUAAGGCGAAGUCUAACGAGGAUGUUUUGACAGACUUACAUGAUGCGGACGUAAUAUCUGCAAAGAAUGAAGUAUUGUGCAAUAAUUUAAAAAAUAACAAUGAAAGAUUCAGUGCAAGAUUUGAUGAUAAAAAUAAUAAUAUUGAAGAAAACCUUAAUAAACAAGCAUCUCAGGCCGAAGUCAAUGAGAAUUGGUAUGCCAGUACUAGUGAUGCUGAUGAAAAUCCUACUAAUGAAAUAUACAAAAAUAAUCCUGUUUUGGAGUGUGUGAAUCAAAUUUUACUUCAAAAUUCUUUAGAUGACAGUAGUAAUGAUAAUUCUAAGUCAAGUGAAGCACCCAGUCCAAAAUCAUCCACGAAGCGAGUGCAAUUCUCUACUCUUAAUAGCAUUUCAUACGAUGAUAAAGUGAGAAAGGAUAAUACAUUACCUAGAUCGGAUAAAAGAGCAAAUAAAAUUGUUAAAUUCAGUCUAGAGACCGCUUCUGAGCACAGCUACGAAGUACCUAAUACCGCUCAAGGUUUUCAGUAUGAAAUACAAAGCUUGUACAGUAAUGAAUACGAACCCAUAAUUACGAAAUCAAAUGAUACCAAGCCUGUGCCAUUAAUGCGACAAGUGAAUGAUAAACCAAACAUUCCAAAAAUAAGAGGCUCUAUAGUGAAAAAUAUCGCUGCUGACAUAGAAAAUCGUAACCUUAAUAACAAUAAGAACAACGUUGAAAGAAAGAUCGAGAACGAUCUUGGGUCGAUGAAAAUAUUUAAUAAGAGAAAAGUACCACGAACUCCACCCGCAUUACCGCCCAAGCCAAAAAAUCUUUCGGCUAAAUGGAAAGCCGAUAAUACUGUGAAAAUAAUAACAGAUGGCAUAGACUCUGAAGCCGUUGCGGCUAACCAACGGGUUGCAGAUGUUAAGACGAGAAAAGUGGGCCAAGUAGCAACUAUAAACAAUAUUGAGCCUGACUAUUGUUCCAUUUCAGAGAUAAAUGUUCCAGUAGUCAGCAACGGAAAGAGGGAGUUGCUACUUACACAGCCAACGGUUGAGAUCCACAAUGAACAGUACCCAGUUCAUGCAGUAAGUCCGCGCAAUAGCGUCGCUAAAGUGGUAUCCUUACCAAGGAUCCAGAACAAGAUAAGCGAUAAGGACAUUCCUAAACUUCCUCAAGUCACCGAGAUCAUCAUUCCCGAUGAAGAUGACAAGGCGAACGAUGAACAAAACCGUUCCUUCCAACAAACUACUGAAAGUUACUUGUCGAACUUUGUUAUGCAUCCUCUGCAACCAAAAUUGGACCCUCGUGCUUCUAUACAAAUGGGCAACACAGUGUCUUCUAUACUAUCUGAGAUUAACAAAGGCGGUAAGGGUGGCAAUAAACAUAUCAAUUUGACCGAACUAGAUAAUCAGUUCAAUCACGGACCUGAGAAGAAUCAAAUCAAUAAUGCAGCAUUACACAAAGCUGAAUAUUUCGAUGACAUGGACAAAUUUGAUUUGUCUCAGAACUUCGAAGAGUUUAAGAUAGACGAUGAACUCGGCAGCAUAGUUGCAGAGGAAUACCGCAUCAGCUCCGGCAGCAGUGACGGUUCCGUGUCAGAUGUUGUAACUGAAAAUCUAACCAAUGUACCUGAUAAAGAGAAGCAGCAUAAUACUAAUAAUAACGACGACAAUGGAAAAAAUAAUAAUUUUCUUGAGAGUAACGACAGCACCUUAAACAAAGGUUCUAAGAACGCUAAGUUGUCUAACAAGCCUGAUCUCCUAUCUAACAUAGAGAAUUUAGAGACUGAAUCUGUAAGGAACUCUGAUAUAGAGUCCAGCAACUCAUCAGGGAGCAACAGUGGUUCCUACAAUACCGUGAAGUGCGAACCUAGAAUGGUGAUGAUUAAUAAUGCUGAGAUAAACGCGCCCAAAACCAAGGGCUCUUUUGAUUUCUUCCUAGAGACGUCUGGUCUUAGUUCUAAGUCUAUAUUUACAUCGAAUAAGAAUUAUCUUGGCCUAAGGCCGCCUAGUGCCAAUCACAAGAGUGUCCUUAAGCCUAAGGAUGUGAAGAUGCGUGUUAAGAAUCCUAUUGCAACGAACAAAAUCAACGAAAAGUCUAUGACCACUGCUAUUAAAUAUUUCGAGCCCUAUGUGUAA